CUUACAAUUUAUUUCCACGUAACUAGCAAAACUUCUAAUCUAUCAGGUCUUAGUUUGCAUGGGUGCCUUGAUGAAAGAUGGCCACCUCGUAUAGUUGGGGAAGGCGGAGUGUGAAGUUUGCGCGUCCCCAGAAGGGUCCGGUUGGAGGUGAGGCCCCCGCUCUCAGGUUCCGCCUCCGUGUUGAUGAACGGGGGUGGGUGCAGCAGCGUGUGAUGUCCGCGCUGGAAGAUGGCGGACGAGGUCGGCAGCAGGCAGCCGGGCUCCGGCUCCGACUUGGAGGGGCCGACGCCCACUAACCUGAGCCGGGGUCCGCGGCUCGUGAAGAUCAUCAAGUCGGAGACGGGUUACGGCUUCAAUGUGCGGGGCCAGGUGAGCGAAGGCGGCCAGCUGAGGAGCAUCAACGGGGAGCUGUACGCGCCGCUCCAGCACGUCAGCGCCGUGUUACCUGGCGGAGCGGCCGAGCGGGCCGGGGUCCGCAAAGGAGAUCGCAUUCUCGAAGUAAAUGGCGUUAAUGUUGAGGGAGCAACACAUAAACAAGUUGUGGACCUGAUUCGGGCGGGAGAUCGGGAGCUGAUUCUGACGGUGCUGUCUGUUCCACAACAAGAAGCUGAUCGGCUUGAUCCUGGUGAUGAUUCAUCUGGGAACAUCUACUACGACUACAGUGAGAAGCGGGCAGUGCCAAUCUCUAUCCCUGGCUACAAACACGUUGAACGGAAUGGGGAGAAAUUUGUGGUGUUCAAUAUUUACAUGGCUGGACGCCAGCUCUGCUCACGGCGCUUCCGAGAGUUCACAAUACUUCACCAGAAUCUGAAGAGGGAAUUUUCUGACUUCCAUUUCCCAAAACUCCCACGGAAGUGGCCAUUUUCACUCUCGGAACAGCAGUUGGAUGCCAGGCGGAGAGGCCUGGAAGAGUACCUUGAGAAAGUGUGUUCAGUAAGCGUCCUUGGAGAGAGUGAUGUGAUGCAGGAGUUCCUGGCUGAUUCCAGUGAGAGUACAAAUGGGCUAUCAGACGUGGAUCUGAGGAUAGCUUUGCCUGACAGAAACAUCAUCACAGUCACUGUAAAAAAGAACAGCACUGCAGAGGAGGUCUACAGGGCUAUACAAGAGCACUUACGAAUGGAUAGUAUCACAGCAAGUUUCUUUACACUCUUUGAAGUUGUGGAUCACUUUUUUGAGCGGAAGCUAGUUCCCAAUGAAUUUCCACACAAACUGUACAUACAGAACUACACAUCAGCAGCGGCUGGGACAUGUCUGGUCAUAAGGAAGUGGCUGUUCACUAUGGCCCAAGAAGAACUUUUGAAUGACAACGACCUUGCAGUAACCUACUUCUUCCACCAGGCUGUGGAGGACGUAAAGAAAGGACGGAUUCGAGUUGGUGAUAAGUCAUACCAGCUUCAGAAACUGUCGGAGCAGCACAAAAAAGUCAUGUACCUGAAUAUGAUUCGGACUUGUGAAGGCUACAAUCAGAUAGUUUUUCCACACUGCCGGUGUGACUCUCGAAGGAAGGGCCAUGUGAUGGCAGCAAUUAGCAUUCAGCACUUUAAACUCCAUGCCUGCACAGAGGAUGGACAGCUGGAGAACCAGGUAAUCAUGUUUGAAUGGGACGAGAUGCACCAGUGGGACACAGAUGAAGAGGGAAUGGCAUUCUGCUUUGAGUAUAUCCGUGGUGAAAAGAAACCUCGCUGGGUGAAAAUCUUCACUCCUUACUUUAACUACAUGCACGAAUGUUUUGAGCGUGUUCUGUGUGAGCUGAGAUGGAGGAAAGAGAUGGAAGAAGUUGGCAAUGAUGAAGACAAUAGGAAUAGCACCAACCACAUGGUAUGGACAUGGGGAAUGGAGGAGUGCGUGCAAAUACUUUGAUGUUGCUGAAUAUUUUUCAUGCAGCAGCAACAAGAAGUACUGGAGGCUCACUUUCAUGAGGGAAGACCUCAUUCUCUGUAGCAUCUCAGCACCUUAGCAUGAAAACUGAAGCAAUUGGACCUUUGACAUUGGGGCAAUGGGGAGGCAUGGAACAGCUGAAACCUUUCCUCAAUGUAGCUGUGACAUCAAAACAGUCUUCAAGUAGUCCAUUCCUCAUUUCAUCACAUCUUUCACUGUUGUAACGUUGCCACUCGUAGCCGCCUCUGAGUGAUCAAGGAGUAACAUGUUUAUUGGACAGUGCAGGACGCUCGGAAAUAACCUUCCCAACCUGAAGAAAUGACUAGCCCAUGGUUGAUAGAGUACAAGAGGCUAGAGCUUGCCUGCCCUGAAUUGUUAGCUGGGACUAGUGGGUGAGGGAUUGAACACUAUAUCUUAGCCAGGAUCUCCAUUCCCAACCUAAUGAAUAGACAGCCCACGCAAACAGUUAAUUAAUUUCUGAGUAUUAGAGACAGGAUCCCUUCUUUUUGUUCAGGGAAUCUCAGACUCCAAACUAACUGGAUAUUGCUUGGAACAUAUUCUCAGCACUGAACCAGAGUGUCAGUUCAUUUCAACUGUUUUUCCACACCUGAAAAUCAAGCUUCCUAGUAUAUAUAUAUGCUCCUUUGCUUCAAACCUGCCAAUGGGAUAGUAAAGAGCUUCUUGCUGUGUGUUUUCUGGCAUACAGCAUGUACAGUAUUGUGAUUCAGUGGCAUAUAAUAGGAGGGAAAGUGUAAGAACCUUGAUGGAAGGCUGAUUCUCCUUUAACCUUACAGAAAAAACUUUUUGUGCUGUGUUGAAAAUUAGAAGGGAUGUUUUGUAUUAGUAGCUAUGAUGCUAUGUUAAAGACAGUGCAAACACACAUUUAAAAGUUAUAUGGGGCUGUUGCAUUUUUGGGUUUUCUUAAGUAGGGGGCGUUAAGUAUUAUGCCAUCCAGCGACUCAUUGCUACUGAUUUCUCCAAAGCUGCAUAGGAAAUAUCCAUCUUUUAUUCUUGUGUUAUGAUAGUGAAAUGAACUGACAAGGAAUGGGAAAUGUUGAAACCUUAAGUGCUUAAUAGGCCGGAUUUGUAAUUAAUCUUAUACAUUCAUAAUGGUUUUUUACCACAUCUUUUGGGGACUGGUUCAGGCCAGUCACUUGAACUGUACAUGGUGUAUCUACACUACUUGGGAAAGUAUUUCCAAUAUGCUUUGUGUUGUGUGCUGUUUCUGAAAUGAGCAGUUACACAACCUUGACAUACUGCUUAAUAUCACAACUAUUCAAACUCUUUUAUAGGCUAGGGCUAGUCAUCAGUGUUGGACAUUGUGAAGCUUGUAUUACUCCAGCAGUGAUGUUGAUCUGCACAAAGUUCAUCUUGUACUUCAGUAAAUGGGGAAUUUACUUGAAAGCAAGGAAUCUCUGGGUGCAAACACCUUUGAGAUAGUUUAUACUAAUUCCCUGGCUCCUGUUUUUUGUAUUGUGGCUUCCUCAAAGUUCACCAGCUGGGUAUGGAGUUGUGGAGAAACAAAUUAGGCCAGUGUGAGUGAAGGAAAAAGAGGCUGAUUAUGAGACAUUCAAAGCUUUCAAUCAGCAAAUCUCCUUUUCAAGGCUGCUCCCUAUGUAACACUCCGACAGAGAUCAGUUUCAACGUCAACAUCAAGCUUUCUGAUUGUGGAGCUUACAGUGAGUUCUGAGAACAGAAAUGUUGCACUAGGCUCUUUUUACAGAAAACUGGUAGAUUGUGUAUUUGUAUUAGGUUCAGCAUAUCCAGGCAAAAGCAUGAGGACACUACUGCUUGUCAAAGGCUCAUGUGGAGGGAAGCGAUUGUUUUGUAUAAAAAAAAAAAAAAAUCCUAGUCUUCGCAAAAUUACCAUGUAAUUUCUUGAAAGCAUCAGUGUUAAAGCUGCAAUGUAAUUAUUUAUAGAUCCAUAAUUAAAGGUGGCAACUGGUUUGUGUAACAUGCUGUCAUCGUAAUUGAGUUGAUUUACUUCUGUUGCCCUCUCGGCAAUGGAGUGGAUGGGGAGUUGAUUAAUGAGAUCUCAUUUAUAAACUAUAAUAUACAGAUUGGGAUUUUGGGGAAAGUGUAGAAGCUAGGGUGGUUGGAAAAGUAACUUUUUGUUCUUUAAGACUUUAAAAUUUUGUUUAAUGUUGAAAACCAGGAGUAAACCAAGUAAACUGGAUGUGUCAUUUCCAAAUUGAGUUCGUUACUAAUCUGUGAUUAUCCUCCUUUACUGGGGAGGAUCAAGGGAUUGGCAGAAGCUGGAAUUAUUUUGGAGAUGUUAUGAGCUUUCAAGUGCCCAAGGUCUGCAACAGAAGUUUAAAUUGAGUUGCUUAUCAAUUGCAACUUUGAUGAUAAAUAGGGGAGGAUGAUGGUGUAGUAAUGAUGUUACUGGAUUAGUAAUCCAGAGACUAUCCUUGCUUUGGGGACAAGGGUUCACACUCCACCAUAGCAACAUUGAACCUAAAUUCAAUUGAUGUAAAUCUGGAAUUUAAAAACUGUCUCAAUAACGGUGACAAUGAAACUAAUUUUAAUUGUUGUAGAAACCCAUCUGUUUCACUAAUGCCCUUUAGGCAAAGAAAUCUGUCAUUCUUACCUAAUUUGGUCUACCUGUGACUGCAGACCUAUAUCAAUCUGGUUGAUUCUUCUCUCCCUUCUGCAAUGGCUCAUCAAGCAACUCAAUCCAAGGUCAAUUGGGAAUAGGUAACAAAUUACCAGCAUCCCAUACAAAAACAGUGAAGAACUACUCUACUGCAGAAUAUUUCUGACUGACCAGCUGAAAUAAUUCAUUGAUGGGACCUUGAAUGUUAAACUAGGAUUGAUAAAUUUUAGAUUUACACCUUUAUUUCCACAAUUACCUUUAUUUCAGAAAUCCAGGUUUUCUUCUAAUCAGAAUGUUGAGAUUCCUCAGUGAUUUGUGUUGACGAAUUAACCCAAUUGGAUUUAUGUGCGGGUCAGAUGUUCUGUGAAAUCUAAAAUAGGCCAGUGUGAAGAUAAAUCAUAAAUGGAAUCACUGGGUUCAAUUAUUUUGCGGUUCACUUGCUGUCAUCUUGCAUAUCCCUGAGGGUUGGGGAGAGCAUGAGCAAUUCUUGGGACUACAGCAGUACUAGGGAUCACUGAAAGAUUGCACAAACUUGUUUUUUCAUUAUAUGGAAGCCAGUAAAAAAGGUGUACCCAUUUCUUUAAGUGGUCAGUGCAUUGUAACUUUGGACUGUGUCCAUUCCAUUGUCUGUUGGUUCAUUGAACCGGUCAUUUUCUAAUCACUGCCAUUUAUCAUUUUAAUCAGUGAGCAGCCUGGAGGAGUAGUGUCUGUCAUUUGCAGUAAUGUAAUGUCUUUAAAAUUCUUCUAAAUAAAUGGAAAAAGUGUG